CAAACAUUUGUGUCUACUGUGAGAAAUGCUCAUGGUCAGUGUAUAACGUUCUCAGGAGAUGUUCCCAGAGUCAAUGGCCAGUUAGCCGCUUCACGUGCUUUCGGAGACAAGAGCCUCAAGUCAUAUCUGAGUUCAGAUCCAGAUAUACGCUCCGAAGAUGUGACUGCUGACAUCGAUCUACUGAUCCUUGCGAGUGAUGGCUUGUGGAAGGUAAUGAGCAACGAAGAGGCAGUGGAUAUUGCUAGAAAGCACAAAGAUCCACAAGCAGCAGCAAGGCCGCUGGCAACGGAAGCAGUGAACAGAGUCAUCAAGGAUGAUAUCUCUUGCAUCGUUGUUCAACUAAGGGCAUAAAGAUUAUCUAACUUGUUGUCGAUUAUUAAAUAUUGCCAGGAAGCGAUAACGACCGGAAGACAACAAGGGAAACGCGUAAGGAACCUUGAGUGUUAGCCUAGUAGAGCUCCUGCUGUUCCAAUUCUUCUGUGUAUUGUUGGUUCACCUGUGGUUGAUUUCUUUGAUGUUUUAGUUGAGAAAUGUAUUAUUGGUAUGAGUGGAAGUGGAAUGACUUUUUCUCCCUUAAAAUUUCAA